CGAACACGGAAGCCGAUACCUAAAUCUUUCUUCCCGCUAACCGUUUUCAUUGUUAUCCUUAGAACCUUGCACGAGAUGAUCGCAUUGAUUUCACGAUAGGAUUUAGGAAUAUAAUCGUAUAGGGUUAAGGUUCUGCAUUGUUCAGUGUUUAAGUAGCAAUAAACUCAAAGUGGUUAAACUUCAUGAGGAAGUUUGUGUUAGCGUUUAACACUUUUGGUCACUGUUUUGUUAUUAAAGAUUUUGUUUUAAUAAGUGAUCGAAAAAUAGUUAGAUUUGUAUUUGUGUGGACUGUAAAACGUGUUUCUUCUUCUUUAAUGAGCACUAAAGUGCAAUCAGAAUUUCUAAAGUGCUGACAAACUUUUUUUUGCUACGAAACAUCUCAUUGUUAUUUCAUCAUGUCGCAAGAAGUAGAUACUGUUUUUACAACUCAAACUCAACAUUCCGAAGACAUGAGCCAAUUCGAAAGCCAACCAAUGGAGGCAUUGAUAUGGGGACGAUUGUACGCCAAAAACAUGACCAUCACUACCCUUGGUACAAAAAGAGCGCUUCCGCUUAUUGAUACUAUUUCCAGAAUCUACGAUUUGCGAAAGGAAACUUAUAGCGCAGGACGAAAGGAGACAAAUGAUCUGUGCAUUAAUACGGAGCACGUUCCGCUUAAAAUAAUUCGUGGAAUAUCCAGCUUGCAUUUCACAAUACGCAAAAAUCUAGCUGAUAAAGAGGCUCCAGCCUAUAUUAAGGAUCAUUCCCGAAACGGAACAUUUAUCAACGGAACUCUGAUUGGCCAAGGCAAAGAAUUUAUUCUGAAAGACGACGAUGUCAUUUCUCUAUCGCAUCAAAGUUUCAAAGCAAUAGUAUAUAAGGAUCAACGAGUUUCAAAACACCUUACAGAACUACCAGAAGAAAUACGACAAACGUACUAUGUGGGUCAUGAGCUUGGUUCCGGCGCAUGCGGUACGGUUUAUUUGAUUCACAAUGCGAUAACUUGCGAAGCUUUUGCGAUGAAGUUGGUUAAAAAAAAUUUGUUGAAUGAAUGCAGCAAGCCAACAAUUUUGAACGAACCCCAAAGAAUUAUGAAUGAGGUCAAAAUUAUGAAAAGCUUGAAGCAUCCUUGCGUAAUCAAGAUGCAUGACAUAGUAAAUACUCCAGAGUCCGUGUAUAUGGUGUUAGAGUAUAUGAAGGGUGGAGAUUUACUUUCCAGAAUAAUUCGCAAUAAACGCCUUCAAGAGAAAACGGCAAAGAUAUUUUUCCUGCAAAUGUGCCACGCGGUUAAAUAUCUUCACGAAAAAGGCAUUACGCAUCGUGACCUAAAACCAGACAAUAUUCUCCUAGAGAAAGAAGAUGAAAUUACAUUGCUGAAGGUGUCCGACUUUGGUCUUAGUAAAUUUGUUGAGCAAGACUCCGUAAUGCGUACCAUAUGCGGAACUAUUCUAUUUGUGGCGCCUGAGGUGCUGGCAACUGGAGGUAUAGGUUCUUAUACCAAAAAAGUUGACAUUUGGAGUCUCGGUGUGGUGCUGUUCACAAUGCUAAGCGGAAAAAUGCCAUUUUCUGACAGUUAUGGGACCCCUGCAGUGGAGCAGAUCAAAAGAGCCAGAUUUAAUUUCAGUGAUGAGUCGUGGAAACCCAUAUCAUCCGCGGCUAAAAAUCUCAUAUAUAAAAUUCUAACGGUUGAUCCAAAAAACCGCCCUACUUUAGAUGAAAUUCUUGGCAGUGCAUGGCUGCGAGAUCGCGAUGCAGUCGCACAAGUUGAGCGAUUAAUAAAAAAGAAGUUGACAGGUACUAAAAAACCUGGAAAAUGUACUUCUGAUAUUGAAAAUAAUAAUGACCACGUGUUCAUUGAACCACCGAAAAAACGACCGCGGAACAAUUGACUAGAGAACCAUAUGAUUUUUGAAACUGAUUCAAUCAACUUUAAAACCUCGGCACGUGUUAAAAUCCAUAACAUUAAAAUGACUUUAAACUUACAUUAAAGCCAAUAUUUUUUUGAAUCUAAUCUGUCGAUUUAAAUCAUAAUUAUUAUUCUCUCAUCUGAUAUAGUUGCGUCUAUCAACUGAAAAAAAAAACAUUCCAUGUGCCAAACACCAUGUGUCUUAUAUUUGGAGAUUUCACGAUAAGCAUCUACACAAUUACUUCACAUUGUUGUUAACAAGGAAAUUUAUUUUAAAACUGCAGAAACGGUAGAAAUACGUAUACGGCUCAAUUAUUAGACAAGAGAAAAGUUAUCAUAUGUAAUGUAAUGUGCAAGAAUCUUGAACUGUUGAUUAUAAGAUUGAAUGUGUCGUCUAGUUACCUUCAAUCGUUUAAAAAUAAGAGACAAUGCUUCACACAUUUUUGUGGGCUAAAAAAUGCUUAUAUUUCUUGUUGAGCUUUAUGAAGACUUACUUUUAUUUUGUAUAUAUGUUUUAAGAAUAAACCGAUUGUUUGUUGUAA